AUGCUGGCCGCCCGUACCUUCGCUGCGCCCAUUAGGCGGCAAGCCCUGCGCGCCGCUCCCCGCGCCGCCGCCGUCUCCCAGUUCCAGAACUCCAGAUUCUACAGCGAGCGUGUCGCUAAGUUCAACGGUGUCAAGGACUCCAACGGCAACUUCCCGGUCAGCUUGAUUGAGGGUGACGGUAUCGGUCCCGAGAUCUCCCAGGCUGUCAAGGACAUCUUUGCCGCGGCUAAGGCCCCCGUCACCUGGGAGCCCGUCGAUGUUACCCCCAUCCUCAAGGAUGGCAAGACCGCCAUCCCCGAUGCUGCCAUUGAGAGCAUCAAGCGCAACAAGAUUGCCCUCAAGGGCCCCCUCGCUACCCCCAUUGGCAAGGGCCACGUCUCCCUCAACCUGACUCUCCGUCGUACCUUCAACCUCUUCGCCAACCUGCGUCCCUGCCGAUCCGUCGCCGGCUACAAGACCCCCUACGACAACGUCGACACCGUCCUGAUCCGCGAGAACACUGAGGGUGAAUACUCCGGCAUCGAGCACGUCGUCGUCGAUGGCGUCGUCCAGUCCAUCAAGCUCAUCACCCGCGAGGCCUCUGAGCGCGUUCUCCGUUUCGCCUUCCAGCAAGCCCAGGAGAUUGGCCGCAAGAAGGUCCGCGUCGUCCACAAGGCCACCAUCAUGAAGAUGUCCGAUGGUCUCUUCCUCAAGACCGGCCGCGAGGUCGCCAAGGACUUCCCCGACAUCGAGUUCGACGCUGAGCUGCUCGACAACACCUGCCUGAAGAUGGUCACCGACCCCCUCCCCUACAACGACAAGGUCCUUGUCAUGCCCAACCUGUACGGUGACAUUCUCUCCGACAUGUGCGCCGGUCUCAUCGGUGGCCUUGGUCUUACCCCCUCCGGCAACAUCGGUGACGAGUGCUCCAUCUUCGAGGCCGUCCACGGCUCCGCCCCCGACAUUGCCGGCAAGGGUCUGGCCAACCCUACCGCUCUCCUGCUCUCCUCCAUGAUGAUGCUGAGACACAUGAGCCUCGGCGAGUACGCCGACAGAAUCGAGAAGGCCGCUUUUGAUACCCUUGCGGAAGGAAAGGCCCUGACUGGUGACUUGGGUGGUAACGCCAAGACCCACGAGUUCGCCAACGCCAUCAUUUCCAAGUUGUAA